AUGCACACUUCAUCUCCCUCGCGGCGACCAAACCCCUACAGUGUUGUCCCCUCUCGUGCAGGUCACCUCGACGCGUCGGCAAGUCAGUGGGACAGGGAGAACUUCAGGAGUCCUGAGAUCGAUAAAAAUAGGGGCGAUACCCCACAAAACAUUAUUGUGGGAAUAGAUUAUGGUACAACCUUCACCUCUGUCUCAUAUCACAUCCCGUCAGACGAAGACAAUCACACACGAGUCUUUUCGCACGAAGUUGGUGUCAUUACUGAAUGGCCACAUGAUGGAUUUGAAGGCUCGAAAAUGCAUAUUCCAACCGAGACCUGGUAUUCUUCGGUUCCCAAAUUUCGUGGCCGUCCCGUUGGUCAAUUUGAACUCAGCAACUCUGACUCGGAGUCCACCUCCAGUGACGAUGAAGAUCCACGGGCAGGUCGCUCUACUUCAAGUGAUUCCGGCCGGGAUGAGGAUGACUUGACCAGAUUCUUUUGGGGUUAUGAAGUGUCAUAUAAGAAGCAUGUUGAACUUGCACCACGGAGUGAGCAUCGCCGUAUCGAGCACUUAAAAUCCAUGCUCCUACAAGCAGAGUACGCCCACGACGAUCAGAGAGAAAUACGGCCACGUAUCGACAGACUCAUCGCCGAGAAGAUCAUUCGGAAAUUCGGGACAACAGAAGUCCCUGACAGUCAAGACGUGCAAGAUCCUAUCACAGAUUUUCUUGUACCGGUCUUGCGUCACACACGGCAUCAGUUGAUCAAGCACGAGGGGCUCAAUGAUCACUGCUCUAUUUCAUUCGUGUUGACCGUGCCACUUAUCUGGGAUACUACAUCGUGGCGAAUUCUUCAGACUGCCAUGGAAGCGGCGAUUCGUGAGACAAAUUUUGGGAAACUUAGCCACGGAAGCGUCGAUAAUCUUUUUAUCAUCUCUGAGCCGGAGGCGGCAGCAACCUAUUUGUUGGGAAACUCUAAAGAUAUGCUGGCCGGAGAAACAUUCACCGUUCUAGACUGUGGUGGUGGGACCGUUGAUGGGACCACAUAUACGGUGACCAACUCCUAUCCUUUGAGCCUGGGCGCGGAAGUUGGCGAACCAGGUGGAGAUAAUUGUGGGGCUAGCUAUCUGAACAAGAAUUAUGCAAACCUUCUAUUGGAGAGACUCGCCGGAGAGACAUACCUGGAAGACAAUGGCAACACUUUGGAAGCAAUAGUCCAGGGUACAAUUUACACAUUUGAAAACUUCGUCAAACGCACCAUAGAUGUUACCAAAAAUCCAAGCGGGCGCGUAAAGAUCAAUGGACUUCUCGGUGAUCGACGGAGAGGAUUGGUUGGGGCAGCAGCAAAGGGAUUUGAAGACAACAUUUUGAUUCUCGGCCCGGCCGAUUACGCCGCCAUUUUCUUGCCACUCCUCAAACGUGUAGCCAAAGUCUUGAAAGGACAACUCGACGGUGCGAUGGUGAAAGGCCAACAGGUGAAGAGAGUUUACGUCAUUGGCGGUUUUGGAGCCGCUCCUUCCUUACGAAGUUAUCUGAAGAAUUUUCUCGUCGAAUACUCCAAGGAGGCCCAUCUGUCUUACCCGAUUCAACUGGUACUAUCAAAUAAGAAAACCUGUGAAACUGCAGUCUCCAGCGGAUCCGUUCUCAGAGGGGCGAAUUUGAGUGGUGGCCCGGAGAGAGAAGCUUAUUCCAGCUAUGGAUUUCUUCGGAAUGAGCUCUACAAUCCCGAACAAUUCAUGGGACAUCGAAACGCUGAAACAUUCAUUGAUCCUUGUGACGGAGAACAAUACGUCAAGGUUAUCCAUUAUUUUAUCCACCAUGGCGAUGUUUUACCUCCUAUGCAUACAUACAAGCCUUUGAAGUCGGCCCAUGCCUUUCCGAUAGAUAGUGAACGGCUUCUCUGCGACGAAUUCUUGUACGUGAAUGACAAACCCACCGCGUCCAACUAUCCUUUGGACCAUGAAUACAACAAUGGUGCACGUAUCGUGGGCAAGCUUGUCUCGGAUAUGACCUUUCUGAGAGAUGAUAGACUGAUCCGCCCAAGAGCACCUCGGCCGAACGCAGACGGAAUGAAGCAAGGCAUGGCUCACUAUGAGGUCACAUUUGAUUUGGUUGCCAUCAUAGAGUGUAGAAAUCUGCGGUAUGAGGCACGAUAUCCCGCGAACAAUUCCGGAAAAGUCCAGAAGACAGAUCAGGUCUGCAUUGCUGCUGCUCUUAAGCCAGGAACUGGGUAG